AUGGUGUCUAACCCUCGUAGCAGUGUAGGUCUCAUCACCUUCAUCAACGACAUCAAGAAGAGUGGUCUCUAUGUCCUGGGACAUGUACAGCUAGGAGACCUGGGUAAGAGGAAACACGGAGGCGUUGGGUUUUUAAGAUUAAAGAAGCCUUUUACAUUUCACUUCCAUUAUUCUCCAAGAGUGGCUGUCACGCUCGUUUAAGGACGGAUCAGACCAAGGCGCAGCGUGAAAUGCAUACAUGUUUAUUUCAACGAUAAACACACGAACAAAACAACAAACCAACGUAACGUGAAGUCCUCAGGCUAAACACAAAACAAGCCUCACACGGAACAAGAUCCCACAACCCAUGAUUGCCAAUAGGCUGCCUAAGUAUGAUCUCCAAUCAGAGACAACGAGCGACAGCUGCCUCUGAUUGGGAACCACACCCGGCCAAACAUAGAACUACACAACCUAGAAUGCAACAUAGAAAUACUAACAUAGAAUCUCCACACCCUGACUCAACAUACAAGAGUCCCAUGAGUCAGGACGUGACAGUACCCCCCCCGCCCAAAGGUGCGGACUCCGACCGCACCAACCUGACAUGACAGGGAAGGGUCCGGGUGGGCAUUCCGCCUCGGAGGUGGAUCCGGCUCCGGGCGUGACGACCACAUUCUCUCAGCCUCCCCGUUACGCCCCUGGUCUGGUCUGGACCUCGGCGCGCUGCUUCCCCUCUCCUACCCUGGUGUGGGAGAUCCCGAACCUGGAGAGGGGCUGACGUCUGGGUCUGGACUGGAGCCGCUGACCGGAGCUGGACUGGGCACCGGUGGAGCGGACUGCUCUGGCUCCGGACUGGAGCCGCUGACCGGAGCUGGACUGGGCACCGGUGGAGCGGACUGCUCUGGCUCCGGACUGGAGCCGCUGACCGGAGCUGGACUGGGCACCGGUAGAGCGGACUGCUCUGGCUCCGGAGUAGAGCUGCUGACCGGAGCUGGACUGGGCACCGGUGGAGUGGACUGCUCUGGCUCCGGAGUACAGCUGCUGACCGGAGCUGGACUGGGCACCGGUGGAGCUGCUGACCGGAGCUGGACUGGACCCCGGUGGAGUGGACUGCUCUGGCUCCGGAGUGGAGCAGCUGACCGGAGCUGGAUCAGGCACCGGUGGAACGGGCACGGGCCGUGCCGGACCAGACACACGCACCACUGGUCUGGUGCGAGGAGCAGGUACGGGCCAGACCGGACUAGGAACACGCACCACUGGCUUGGUGCAAGGAGCAGGAACGGGCCGGGCCAGACUGGGAACAAGCACCACUGGCUUGGUGCAGGGAGCAGGCACGGGCCGGGCCGGACUAGGAACACGCACCACUGGCCUGGUGCGAGGAACAGGAACGGGCCGGGCCGGACUGGGAGCAUGCACCACUGGCUUGGUGCGAGGAACAGGAACGGGCCGGACUGGCGACACGCACCACUAGCUUGGUGCGAGACACAGGCACGAGGUGUACCGGACUGGGAACUGACGUUAGAGAUCUCCGACUGUACCAGUCUUUCACUCUCCGCGCCCAGUCCUCCUCCCGUGAGGACUCCUCCCUGAGCCCCCACGAGUGCAGUGGUUGGGGCUCUUCUCCCAUGUCCAGGAUCCCUUUCCGUCCAGGAUCUCCUCCCAUGUCCAGGAUGUCUGCUCCUGGGCACGCUGCUUGGUCCAUUUUUGGUGGGAUCUUCUGUCACGUUCGUUUAAGGACGAGUCAGACCAAGGCGCAGCGUGAAAUGCGUACAUGUUUAUUACAACGAUAAACACACGAACAAAACAACAAACCAACGAAACGUGAAGUCCUAAGGCUAAACACAAAACAAGCUGACACACGGAACAAGAUCCCACAACCCAUGAUUGCCAAUAGGCUGCCUAAGUAUGAUCCCCAAUCAGAGACAACGAGCGACAGCUGCCUCUGAUUGGGAAUCACACCCGGCCAAACAUAGAACUACACAACCUAGAAUGCAACAUAGAAAUACUAACAUAGAAUCUCCACACCCUGACUCAACAUACAAGAGUCCCAUGAGUCAGGGCGUGACAGUGGCUGAAUACCUCCCACUCAUCCAUUGCAAUUCAGGCUUCUUGGUGAAUGUCUAGCAGAAUUGUGUUAGACUGAAUUGAAGUCAAACCAAUGUUUGAAGAAGUAUAUCUCUGACUUGGCUAGUGCAGUACAGUAACUAAAGCUACAGUUGAAGUUGGAUGUUUACAUACACCUUAGCCAAAUAUAUUUAAACUCAAUUUUUCACAAUUCCUGACAUUUAAUCCUUUAGCAGAAAUCAAUCAUGCCCCCGCUCUCUCUUAUCAGUCUCGAAGCUCAGUCUUUCAGGGAGUGUGCGCCGUAGCAGCGAUAGUACGGGCUUACAUAGUAGUGGAUAGUACAGCCAGCAUUAGUAUAGCCAGCACAGGAGACUCACACUCCCAUAUACAGUUGAAAUCGGAAGUUUACAUACACCUUAGCCAAACACAUUUAAACUCAGUUUUUCACAAUUCCUGACAUUUAUUCCUAGUAAAAAUUCCCUGUUUUAGGUCAGUUAGGAUCACCACUUUAUUUUAAGGAUGUGAAAUGUCAGAAUAAUAGUAGAGAGAAUGAUUUAUUUCAGCUUUUAUUUAUUUCAUCACAUUCCCAGUGGGUCAGAAGUUUACAUACACUCAAUUAGUAUUUGGUUGCAUUGCCAUUAAAUUGUUUAACUUGGGUCAAACGUUUCGGGUAGCCUUCCACAAGCUUCCCACAAUAAGUUGGAUUAAUUUUUUUGUCCCAUUCCUCCUGACAGAGCUGGUGUAACUGAGUCAGGUUUGUAGGCCUCCUUGCUCACACACGCUUUUUCAGUUCUGCCCACACAUUUUCUAUAGGAUUGAGGUCAGGGCUUUGUGAUGGCCACUCCAAUACCUUUUGCCACAACUUUGGAAGUAUGCUUGGGGUCAUUGUCCAUUUGGAAGACCCAUUUGUGACCAAGCUUUAACUUCCUGACUGAUGUCUUGAGAUAUUGCUUCAAUAUAUCCACAUAAUUUUACUUCCUCAUGAUGCCAUCUAUUUUGUGAAGUGCACCAGUCCCUCCUGCAGCAAAGCACCCCCACAGCAUGAUGCUGCCACCCCCGUGCUUCACGGUUGGGAUGGUGUUAUUCGGCUUGCAAGUACCCCCUUUUUCCUCCAAACAUAACGAUGGUCAUUAUGGCCAAACAGUUCUAUUUUUGUUUCAUCAGACCAGAGGACAUUUCUCCAAAAAGUACGAUCUUUGUCCACAUGUGCCGUUGCAAACCGUAGUCUGGCUUUUUUAUAGCGGUUUUGGAGCAGUGGCUUCUUCCUUGCUGAGUGGCCUUUCAGGUUAUGUCAAUAUAGGACUCAUUUUACUGUGGAUAUAGAUACUUUUGUACCCGUUUCCUCCAGCAUCUUCACAAGGUCCUUUGCUGUUGUUCUGGGAUUGAUUUGCACUUUUCGCACCAAAGAACGCGUCUCCUUCCUGAGCGGUGUGCCGGCUGCGUGGUCCCAUGGUGUUUAUACUUGCGUGCUAUUGUUUGUACAGAUGAACGUGGUACCUUCAGGCGUUUGGAAAUUGCUCCCAAGGAUGAACCAGACUUGUGGAGAUCUACCAUUUUUUUUCUGAGGUCUUAGCUGAUUUCUUUUGAUUUUCCCAUGAUGUCAAGCAAAGAGGCACUGACUUUGAAGGUAGGCCUUGAAAAACAUCUACAGGUACACCUCCAAUUGACUCAAAUUAUGUCAAUUAGCCUAUCAGAAGCUUCUAAAGCCAUGACAUCAUUUUAUGGAAUUUUCCAAGCUGUUUGAAGGCACAGUCAACUUAGUGUAUGUAAACUUCUGACCCACUGGAAUUGUGAUACAGUGAAUUAUAAGUGAAAUAAUCUGUCUGUAAACAAUUGUUGGAAAAAUUACUUGUCAUGCACAAAGUAGAUGUCCUAACCGACUUGCCAAAACUAUAGUUUGUUAACAAGAAAUUUGUGGAGUGGUUGAAAAACAAGUUUUAAUGACUCCAACCUAAGUGUAUUUAAACUUUCGACUUCAACUGUAUAUGUGUGGUAAGCCAGGCUGCUUACCAGUGUGCGAGAAUGGUGUGACAAACAAAAAACAUCCAGAAAACCGCUCGUUGAUGAGGUUGAAGGUGAAAGCAAGAAUCGUGCAAGCUAACAGGCGGGCCACAAACGGGCAAAUAACGGUGCAAUAUAACAGUGGUGUGCACCAGCGGUUCCAAACUUUUUCACUCAGGCCUCCCUUCCAGCAUUGGGGAACAUCCUACGCUAACCCCUCGCGCCCACACCGUUUGGGAACCACUGCAGAAUGGCAUCUCGGAAUGCACAACUCGUUGGUCCUUGUCACGGAUGGGCUAUUGCAGCAGACGAACACACUGGGUUCCAGUCCUAUCAGCUAAAAACAAGAAGAAGCGGCUCCAGUGAGCACGCGAUCUCCAACACUGGAGAAUUGAGGAGUGGAAAAACGUAACCUGGUCCGACGAAUCCUGGGGAAUGUUUUCCUGGCACACGUUAGGUCCCUUGAUACCAAUUGAGCAACGAUUCCAUGCCCCAAAUCAUUCAGGCUAUUCUGGAUGCAUAGGGGGGUCCGACCCGGUACUCGAUGGGUGUACCUAAUCAACUGACCACUUAGUGUAGGUGUGUGUGUGUAGUGCUAUAUGGUGUCCUGUGAUCAGGCUGUUCUCUGGACAGCCAUAUGAUAUAGUGUAACUUUUAUCUUGACAAGACUUUCAGUGGUGUCAGAGCGCCUCCAUUAUUGACAGGCCCAGCCUCUUUCUCUCUCUCUCUUUUUUUUUUUUUUUCUCUCUUUCUUUUUUCUCUUCUCUCUCUUUUUUUUUUCUCUCUUCUUUUUCUCUUCUCUUCCUCUCUCUUUCUCCGUCUCUCUCUGUGUUUCUCUCUCUUUCUCUCGUUCUCUCUCUCUGGUUCUCUCUCUUCGUGUCUCUCUCUUCUUUCUCCCUUUCUCUCUCUCUCUCUGUCUUCUCUUCUCUCGUGUCUCUUCUUCUCUCUCUCUCGUGCUGUCUCGUGUCUCUCUCUUUCUCUCUCUCUCGUGUCUCUCUCUCUCUUCUCUCUUUCUCUCUCUCUCGUGUCUCUCUCUCUCUCGUGUCUCUCUCUUUCUCUCUCUGUGUCUCUCUCUCUCUUGUGUCUCUUGUCUGUCUGUAGCUCUUGUUAUGUUCUUCUGUGGCACACUGCCCAAUCAGGUCACUACACAGAGAAAGAACUUCAUCUCUUAUUCUCUGAGGACUUGGCAGAUAAUGGCCCCUGGCCAAAAUGUUUGCACAGAUAUUGAUGUUUUGUUUCUCUCUCUCUCUCUCAGACACGUUACCGUCCGACCCUCUCCAGUGUCGUUAUGACUCGUGGUUGUCUCUGGUGUACCACCUCAACAUCAAGGCAUUUGUCAACCUCACCCUGGCUGACUCGGUACGGCACGGGGUUCAACAUCUACUCUUCAUCUCUGGCCUAGGUCAGUGAUUCUAUUCACUACUCUCUGAUAUCAUGUAUUAGCUAUAACUCUGCCCCACCUGUCACUCAUACACACCUCUUUUACCAUCUCACCCAUUCACUCAUCUCUCCAUCUUUCCAUCCCUCUCUGUCUCUCUAGGUGGGAUGAGGCCCAACACCUUGGUCCUGGGUUUCUAUGAUGACUGCACCCCCAAAGACAAACUCACUGACCCCGCCCUCGCAGAUGCCACCAUCCCCACUCAGGACCCCGAGGACGAACGCCCGCCCUACCACUUCCCCGCCCUGCGGCCGUCCAAUGAUGGCAAGGAGGGGGGGAAUGGAGAAAACGGAAAAGUCAUGGGACCCCAAGAAUACGUGGCGGUGAUCGCAGACGCCAUGAAGAUGUUGAAGAACGUAGCGCUAGCCCGCUACUUCCACCAGUUCGACCGGGCCUCGACCAUCUCCUCGUCCCCAGGGAAGGGUGCUCUGUAUGUGGACAUUUGGCCCGUCAACCUGCUGAGACCAGACAGCUCCAGCUAUAUAGACACCUGCUCUCUUUUCCUGCUCCAGCUCGCCUUGCGUCCUAAACAUGGUCUGCGCAUGGCACCAUGCUAGACUCCGCCUCUUUCUGUGUGUGGAAGAAGGGCGGAGCCUGCGGUGCUCUGAGGAGAAGCUGGGUCAGCUGCUGAAGGAGCUGAGGAUCAAAGCCAACGUGUACACAGUGCCCUGGGACCAGCAGGUGGCGCUACACUGGCAGAGGCAGGGUGAGGUGGGCAAGAGGAGCAACGCCACAAGGCUGUCGGAGGAGUAUCUGUCGGUGGUUAAUAGGUUGAUCCUGGAGCAGGCCCGCCCCCCUCCGGCCGUGGGUUUCCUGUAUUUGCCCCGCCCCCCGACUGACACGCACCGCUACACGGCCUACCUGCGCCAGCUGGACCUGCUCACCAAGGACCUGGGUCCUACCCUGCUCAUACACAGGUUACACCUGUGCUCACCACCGACCUCUAGCCCCCGAACUCUAACCCUAAACUCUCACCAGCUGACCCCUGAUGAAACCCUUAUUUCAUCCCCUUACCAAAUUGCUGCAGGUAGAAGUGGUACUUAGACAAAGGUCAAGGAUCCACUUACCUUCCCCAAAGCUGUACUAAUAUACACUAUAUAUACAAAAGUAUAUGGACACCCCUUCAAAUUAGUGGAUUCGGCUAUUUCAGCCACACCCGUUGCUGACAGGUGUAUAAAAUCGAGCACACAGCCAUGCAAUCUCCAUGGACAAACAUAGGCAGCAGAAUGACCCAUACUGAAGAGAUCAGUGACUUUCAAUGUGGCACUGUCAUAGGAUGCCACCUUUUCAACAAGUCAGUUCGUAAAAUUUCUGCACUUCCCCAGUUAACUGUAAGUGCUGUUAUUGUGAAGUGGAAACGUCUAGGAGCAACAAUGGCUCAGCCGCGAAGUGGUAGGCCAAAGAAUCUCACAGAACGGGACCGCCGAGUGCUGAGGCGCAAAGCGCGUAAAAAUGGUCUGUUCUCGGUUGCAACACUCACUACUGAGUUCCAAACUGCCUCUGGAAGCAAUGUCAGCACGAGCUGUUCGUCGGGAGCUUCAUGAAAUGGGUUUCCAUGGCCGAGCAGCCACACACAAACCUAAGAUCUUCAUGCGCAAUGCCAAACGUCGGCUGGAGUGGUGUAAAUCUCGCCGCCAUUUGACUCUGGUGCAGUGGAAACGCGUUCUCUGGCAGUCCGACAGAUGAAUCUGGGUUUGGCGGAUGCCAGGAGAAUGCUGCCUGCCCGAAUGCAGAGUGCCAACUGUAAAGUUUGGUGGAGGAGGAAUAAUGGUCUGGGGCUGUUUUUUAUGGUUCGGGCUAGGCCCCUUAGUUCCAGUGAAAGGAAAUCUUAAUGCUACAGCAUACAAUGACAUUCUAGACGAUUCUGUGCUUCCAACUUUGUGGCAACAAUUUGGCAAAGGCCCUUUCCUGUUUCAGCAUGACAAUGCCCCCGUGCACAAAGCGAGGUCCAUACAGAAAUGGUUUUUCGAGAUCGGUGUGGAAGAACUUGACUGGCCUGCACAGAGCCCUGACCUCAACCCCAUCGAACACCUUUGGAAUUAAUUGGAACACUGACUGCGAGCCAGGCUUAAUUGCCCAACAUCAGUGCCCGACCUCACUAAUGUUCUUGUGGCUGAAUGGAAGCAUGUCCCCCAUAGCAAUGUUCCAACAACUAGUGGAAAGCCUUCCCAGUAUAGUGGAGGCUGUUAUAGCAGCAAAGGGGGGACCAACUCCAUAUUAAUGCCCAUGCUUUUGGAAUGAAACCUUUGACGAGCAGAUGUCCACAUACUUUUGGUUCCCCUAUCCUCUUUAUGAAUAUGGAAGGGUUGCACUGGCCAAAAAGCUAAAAAGUUAAUAAUAAUAUAUUGAUUUUACUCCUUCAGAGGGACUGAAGUCUGA